AUGCCCAUCAAGAAAAAGAAGUACAGUUCCAGGUUUCCACCUACCAGGGUAAAGAAGAUAAUACAAAAAGAUGAGGAAAUUGGAAAAGUCGCUGCAGCUGUCCCUGUUAUCAUUUCACGAACUUUGGAGCUAUUUAUAGAAUCAUUGAUCAAGAAGACAAAUGAUUUGGUGAUUUCAAAGAAUGCAAAAACCCUGACACCGCAACACAUUAAAGAGACGGUGCUGCAAGACACAAAAUUCAAAUUUCUAUCGGAGCUCGUGUCCUCGAUUCCAGAUAUCCAACCGAAAGAAGAUGACAGUCGACAGGAA